AUGGCUUCUCCGCCCAAAGAACCACAGCCACAGCCACUAGACACUCGCACUCUGAUCAGAUCCCCAGAUCGCAUUCAUCGCUGGAUGGCGGGUACCGGCGAGUUCAAUAAUCAACCCAUUUCACCAUCCAACAAUGUGCCCGAUAGUCCACCUUCUGGAAUUCAAUAUGCCCUGGACGACGGAGUAUAUUUAAGAAGCCCUUCAAUUGGCUCUGUUACAGGAGCCCCACAUGAUGUGUUUCAAGAAGGUGCGCAGACCGGUGCAGGUUUCACUGGAAAUAAUCAACAACCACACCAAGAAAAUUCGAAUGCCAUGCUAGGUCAACUAGCCAGCUAUCACAACAUGCUUGGUCAAAUUCGACAGCGUAACGAGCGUCUUCUCCACAACAUCUACGAGUUAUCACCGUUUCCAAACUCGGAGAUAAUGCACACCAAGAUUAUGGAAACAAUCGUUUAG